UAUAUAUAGAGGGCGCUGCUCGUAACGGAAGUGAAUUAUCGGCGGAAUAUAUCGUAAUUGAAUGAAUGAAUAGGAAUAUGCCUUAAUUUUUAAGCUUUGGGGUACUCAUUUUAGAAUUUAGAUAGGUAACGUCAUUAAGGAUAUGACAAAGCGAAAGAGAACAACAAAGGACACCUCCCUUUCUGAGGAGAGUGAGGGUUCCGUGGGGGACAGCGAUGCAGAAAGUGUAGCUGAGACCAGGGUGACCAGGAGGUCAGCUGCAGGUCUAACCCCAACACUUCCAGUAGUCCCACCAAAGAAAAAGAGAAAGAAGAAUCCUUCAGAGUCCAUGUCACACUCGGAGUCAGAAAAUGAACUCCCAGUCACCAAAUCAAGUCACAGCAAGGCAGGCAAUGCCAAAAAUAAGGGGAAAGCAAACAAUUCACGCUGUAGUGAAAAUUCUAGUGACUCAGACAAAGGGGCUAGCGAUAGCCCCGGAAAGGGGAAGUCAGACUCGGGUAAAAAUAACCGGGGAAAGGAGAAGCGGAGUGGUAAAAGUGACAGAACUGUGACUCCGAAAGGAAAAUUUACUCUACCGUCAAAACAGGGAAAGUCCUCAAAGAAACAGACCGUGGAGUCCUCGUCGGAAGACGGGCUGAUGUCCAUGUGGACAGAGAAAAGACCCACACCAAAUAUGGACUAUAAUGAAAGUAACGCGAAGUGUCCUCUGCCUGGUUGUGAUUCUAAAGGUCAUUUGACUGGAAGACAUGAAACUCACAGAACACUAGCAUCCUGCCCUCUGUACCAUAACACCUCAGCAGAUGAAUGCAAGAAACGGUUUGAUGAGCGCCAGAAACAUCAAGAAGAUCGAGAAAAGUUUUUGGAGACAACCUCAGGAAAGCGGGACAUGAGGAGACUGAUUCAGACGAGUGAACAAAAAGAUAAAGUUCGUGCAGUUCGGGAAGAGAGAAAGAAAUAUAAGGAAGUGUCAGAUGACCUGAGGAAGAAACAAAGACAACACAAGGAGAAGUUUGAGCGGGCGAGGGAACCUCUCCUCCACGGUUUGGCCUCCAAGAAUGACCUAAAACUGUUCAAAGAGGCUCAGGCGAGGGCGUGUGAAGUCUUGGAGCACGAGAUCACAACCCACUACUCCAGGAAUGACCUUCAAGAGUACAGGAUUAAGAAGCUGGAGAUUGGUCGGUAUGAAAUGUCUACUUGGUAUUCCAGCCCCUAUCCAGAAGAGUACGCCCGCUUACCUAAGAUCUACCUGUGUGAAUUCUGCCUCAAGUACAUGAAAACUUCAACAAUUCUUAGGAGGCAUAUGGCUAAAUGUGUAUGGCGACAUCCACCAGGGGAUGAGAUCUACAGAAACAAAAACAUAUCGAUGUUUGAAGUGGAUGGCAAAAGAAACAAAGUGUACUGUCAGAACUUGUGUUUACUAGCCAAGCUGUUUCUUGACCACAAGACGUUAUAUUUCGAUGUGGAGCCAUUUUUGUUUUAUGUGAUGACAGAAAAUGAUAAUCAUGGAUGCCACGUUAUUGGCUAUUUCUCAAAGGAGAAAAACAGCUUCCUGAACUACAAUGUUUCCUGCAUAUUGACCCUGCCUCAGUAUAUGAGACAAGGAUAUGGCAAGAUGUUGAUAGAUUUUAGUUACUUACUGAGUAGAACAGAGAACAAGAUUGGCUCCCCAGAGCGUCCACUUUCAGACUUGGGACUUAUAAGCUAUAGGAGUUAUUGGAAAGAUGUACUGCUUGGUUACCUCCACAAAUACCAAGGCAAAGAAAUCUGUAUUAAAGAUGUGAGUCAAGAAACAGCCAUUAAUGCGAACGACAUUGUCAGUACUCUACAAGCCCUGGGCAUGUUAAAAUAUUGGAAAGGGAAACAUCUAGUCCUAAAGAGACAGGACUUGAUUGAAGAGUUCUUAGAAAAGAAGGCUAAGAAGCCCACAGACAAUAGAGCCAUCGAUUCCCACUGUCUGAAGUGGAUACCCCAUUCUAAACGGACACAACCUCAACAAGCAUAAGGACUGAUCUCAGGGCGGUCCUAAACAAGCAUAAGGACUGAUCUCGGGGCGGUCCUAAACAAGCAUAAGGACUGAUCUCGGGGCGGUCCUAAACAAGCAUGAGGACUGGUCUAUGGGCGGUAGACCGUUUUUAAAAACAGAAACAGUGGUGCCAUGUUAUCUUGUUUUUACCGUGUUGUUAUUGAAGAUUAACUACUUUAUAUGUACAGUUGUUACACGUCAUUGUAUACGUAAAGUAAUAUACACCGUGCAAAGAAAAAGGGAAUACUUAAAAAAGGAAAUUUACUUUCUCUUAUUGUUUUCACUAGGCAUUUGAUAAUAUACAGUCUAUAGAGUCAAACUUUGUUAUCUCAAACUCAAUGGGGCUGAGAAAAACUUCAAGAUAUCUAUGGAUUUAAGAAAUUGAGUUUAAAAUAGACAAGGAAAAUAAUGAUAGGACUUCUAACUUACUUUGACAUAUCCAUGAUAUUCAAGAUAUUGAGGUUUGAGAUACUGAAGUUCCACUGUAUUUAAUAUCGUGUAGUUUGUAAAGUCACUAUUCCACUUGAUGAGAGUUACGGUGAUAUACAGAACAUGUAGUGCUUGUCCCUGAUGUGAUACCUGUGCAAACUUCAUUGUGGUGAAAUCUUCAGCUGUUGAAUGAACUUCUUAGUUUGUAUAUGCUCAGCUACGGGUUGCUGCAAAAUGUUUCCAAUUCCAAGAAUCUCAGUUUUCAUGAGCACACCAUUUUAUUUCAGUCAAGAAGAUAAGUUGCAAACCUUUGAGUUAGGAUUUUAUAUUUUUUUUUUUUUUCCAGAAAAUUUUAUACAUGUAUAUCAGUUUGCAACAUCAGAGCUGCGAGGUAGUUUUAUAAUAUAUUGUGUUGACGAGUUGUCGUUAUCAACUGUUCUGAACAUUAAGUGUAGAAAUUUGUUCUGUAUUUAUGCACAGUACCUUUCGUGAAAUUGUAAAUGUUUAUUUGCUUGUAUUGUUUAUUUAUAAUACAUUAACUGUAGACAUUUUGUUACAGUUUGCUUUGUAUAGAAUCAACAGCAUCAUCUCCAGAUCACAACAAAUCCUCUGCAAGAAAUGUUGAUAGCUUGAAUUGAACAUGUUGUUAAAAUUGUGAUUAGAAUGUUUAUUGUACAUGUUUAUCAUUUUCAUUAUUUACAUAAAUUGAAAAGAAGUACGGGGGGGGGGAAUUGCCACUAUAAGUUUAGAAGAGUACCCAAAAAUAUUGUUUAACUCUGUAUUAAAGGGAAGUAAUUCUGACAACUGGUUUCGUGGUGAGCUUUCUCGGGGGAUGAUAAUGUUCUGCAUACAUGGUUUGAAAGAAAAGUACUGGUGUAAUUUUAUUAUUCACGAAAAUUACUGUAUAAAAAGUUUACAUGUAUAUAUAAAAAAUAAAACAACAAAUUCUAA